AUGGAAUACGCAGAUUCUGCAAUAUCUAAUACCGUUCGAUUUUGGCUAUUUCUAAUCGCUGACAUUCCAUCCAUUGGCUGUUCAAUUGCUAUCCUUUAUCACAUACUUUCUAAUCGGACUCGACGGCAUGCUAUUAAUAAUCAUGUUGUUGUUAUUCUUCUAUUCAACAAUUUGAUCUAUGAGUUUAUAGAUAUCUCCUUAUUUCUCAAUUACUAUCGAUUGGCGGUUGUCUCGCCUCCUAAAGAAAGUUUAUGUCUCAUAUGGACCUUUAUCGAUGAAACACUGUAUACUAUUGCAACAGUGAUUGUUGCUUGGGCAUCAAUUGAACGGCAUUUACUUAUUUUUCAUGAUCGUUGGUAUUCUACACCCAAACGACGUUUUCUUAUGCAUUAUCUUCCUUUGACAAUGCUUGUAUCAUAUAUCUUAUUGUUUCAUUUCUUUGCCAUCAUAACUCCACCAUGUAAAAAUACGUAUGAUUAUACAGAAGAAAUAUGUGGCCAUCCGCUCUGUUUUCACAAUAACAAAGUUAUUGGCACAUUUGAUACUAUUGCACACGAUAUAAUACCAGCUAUAACUAUUGUGAUCUGUAGCAUUAGUCUUCUGGUACGGGUUGUAAUUAAAAGUCGUCACAUUCGUAAAACAUUUCAGUGGCGAAAGCAUCGCAAGAUGGCAAUUCAAUUAUUGUCAAUUUCUUCUCUCUAUUGUGUGCUUUAUAUACCGGUUGCUUUUAUUGAGUUGGCACAGCUAUGCUGUAGUUCCAACAUAUUCAGUGCUCAUUUUCAAGAGUAUACACAAUUUGUUGCGUAUUAUGUUGUAUUUCUUCUUCCGUUUGUUUAUCUUGUUUCUGUAAUCGAAAGUUCAUGGCGAAUUAAGAAUAUUUUUCCAUGUUGGCGUCGAACAACACAAACAGUUUAUCCAAAGGUUUUACACACGACACAUGUCGCGGCACACCAGACAAAUACGGUAGAAUCCAUCCCACAAAAUUGA